GAUAGGUGGCGCUACGGUAGCGACGCGAGUGAACCCAAGCUAGCUCGUCUGGGAACAUUGCUUCGAGCUCCAUACAUUUCCUUUUGGUUCUCUACGUCUGCAGUUUGGUUGUGUACUAGUUUAAAAAUAAUUUCAAAAUUUUUGCCAUCAGGAAAAAAGUGAAAAUGUCGGACAAGCCAAAGCGUCCCAUGUCCGCAUACAUGCUAUGGCUGAACAGCGCAAGGGAGCAAAUUAAAGCUGAUAACCCUGGACUAAAAGUAACCGAAAUCGCAAAGAAAGGUGGUGAAAUAUGGAGGGCAAUGAAAGACAAGAGUGAGUGGGAGGAAAAGGCGGCACAAGCUAAGGAGCAAUACACAAAAGACUUAGAAUCCUACAACGCCAAUGGUGGUGGUGGUGAGGGUGGCGGCAAGAAGGCAACAAAGAGGGGGAAGAAGGCAAAGAAAGCGUCACCCAAGGCCAAGAAGAAGAAGGAAGAGUCCGAGGAGGAGGAGGGUGAUGAUGAUGAGGGCGAGGAUGAGGAAAGCGAGUGAUCUCUCUUUGUAUAAGGCAUUUCUGUUCAUAUUGAAUAAUUUACUUGGACUUAAUUUAUUACAGAAUAAAAUGGGACUUACUUUCCAAAGUCUGUAUGAAAUCCAUAUUAGUAUCUAAUGUUCAUAUUCCGAUCAAAUUGCUCCAUAAUAUUAUUAAUUUGGUUAUAUAUUGUUGAAUAUUUCAAUUGCUGAUGUCUACAUGAUAAUUUUGAAUGUAGUAUUUAUUGAAGUGUAAUAUUUUUAAGCUAAUUACAGCAUUUGGAAAGUUUUACUGCAGGCUAAGGUUUCUAGGUCUCAAAAAAAAUAAUGUUAAGUGUUAGCAUGUAUCACUGGGGAAUUGUACAGUUAGCCCUCCCUGUUAAGUUCGUGACCACUGGAUGCUCACCUUUUGAAAUGUACCUCAUGUGGUUUCAUCAAAACUUUUGGUCUUAGUUUUCUUCUGCUGCAAUAAAAUGCCAUAGUGAAUUAAGUUUUGGCUCCAGAGGACGUCAAGUUUUGAUCAAACUACACCAUUGUAAACUUAGAGACAAUUUCAUGAUUCUUAUUGUUAAUUAAACCUACCUCUGUCAUUGUAAAUUUCAAUGCUGAUAAAUGGUACCAAACUUAAGCGUAUGUUUUAAGUAUUUUAGAAAAUUGAUGUGUAUGUUGUAUUUUAGUUAGUUACGGUGACUCAUAUUGGUUGCAGAGACCGGUGUAGAGUAUAAGUUAUAGGUAGGUUUUCAAUGUGGAUUAGUCUCUGAAAUUUACAUUUGUGUUAUUUUGUAAUGAGAAUAGCAUUCCUCAUGUCAAGACGGAUUUUACAUGUUCAAUAAAAGUAAUUUCAUAUAAGAUUCUAUUUUAUAA